UAUCAUAUGGCUAUCAUCUCAUGUGUUUUUACCAAACAAAAAAAUGGUUAGAAACCAAUUCAACAACGUACAUAUAAGUAUAACCAUUAAUUUCCCUUGAGUGAUUGACGGGGCUAAAAGUCUUUGGUUAUUUGAGGACCUCUUUGCAAUUUAUAAAAAAUAAUAUAGUACUAGCAUUGGCUUCUUCUUAUGCAUAUAAAUAUGGAAAAGGAGAUGCAAUAAAAUAUGUCAGAGUUUGCAUGCUUGAUUUAUAUUUUGGUAUAAUAUUCAUCAAAGCAUACAUUCUUUAAAAGAAACUCUUUUGAUCAUGUCUAUCAUUUUUAUGCUUCUUGGUAUAUUGUCCAUUGGACUAAAAUUUACAGGUGUGGAAUCCGUAGGAGUUUGCUAUGGAGUGAAUGGCAAUAAUCUACCAUCAAGGCAAGAAGUUGUGGAUUUAUAUAAAUCAAAUGGCAUUAACCAAAUGCGCAUAUACUACCCAGAUGAACAAGCCCUCCAAGCCCUAAGAGGUUCCAACAUAGAAUUGAUUCUUGAUGUUGCUAAGGACACUCUUUCUUCUCUAACAAAUGCCAAUGAAGCCACAAAUUGGGUUACCAAAUAUGUCACACCCUAUGCACAAGAUGUAAAAAUCAAAUACAUCACUGUUGGAAAUGAAAUUCACCCUAGUGACAAUGAGGCCCAAUCCAUUCUCCCUGCCUUAAAUAACAUUCAAAAUGCAAUUUCAUCAGCCAAUUUACAAGACCAAAUCAAGGUGUCAAUAGCAAUUGACAUGACUUUGAUUGGUAAAUCAUAUCCUCCUAGUGAUGGUGUUUUUAGUGACCAAGCAAAAUCAUAUAUUCAACCAAUAAUUGACUUCCUUGUGAGCAAUGGAGCACCACUUCUUGCUAAUGUGUAUCCAUAUUUUGCUUAUAUUGGUGAUAAACAAAGCAUUCCUCUUGACUAUGCUCUUUUUAAGCAACAAGGAAACAAUGAUGUUGGGUACCAAAAUCUCUUUGAUGCACAAUUAGAUUCGGUAUAUGCCGCUCUUGAGAAAGUAGGAGGUUCGAAUGUGAAGAUAAUUGUGUCUGAGAGUGGGUGGCCAUCCGCGGGUGAAGAUAGCGCCACAACUGACAAUGCUAAAACAUAUUUGUCUAAUUUGAUCAAUCAUGUUAAGAGUGGAAAUGGGACUCCGAAGAGGCCCGGUACAAUUGAGACUUACUUGUUUGCCAUGUUUGAUGAAAAUCAGAAGAAUGGUGCAGCAACUGAACAACAUUUUGGUCUCUUCAAUCCUGACAAAUCAUCUAAAUAUCAAAUAAGUUUCAAUUGAAUAAAUUGGUAAUUUAAAAAAAAAUAUAUAUAUAGCUAAAUAUAAUUUACUAGGUAAGAAUAAUUGUGCUAGCAUGUGGACAUGUUGUUGUUGCUGUUGUUGUUGUUGUUGUUGUUGUUGUUGUUGUUGUUUGCUGGUUCCUAUUUAUACAAUGAAUUGAAUAAAAAGAAAGAAGAUCAUCUCUUAUAUUGUUAA